UAUGUGGGAUUUCCUCCUUUGACUUCUAUUCUUUCAUAGAUCACAUAUAAUACACUAGAGUCAUUCAUUUGAGUGGAAAUCUCAGAGUGGUCAGAUAGCAGAAAAAAGGACAGCCUCACAAUUCAGGAUUAAAAUGUAUAGAUUUCCUCAGGUCUUAAGAGAAUGUUUUGUCCACUGGACUGGUAUGAGGUGAGGUUUGGAAAAUAGGAUGAAGGUUAAAAGCUGGAAUUCAGAAGGCCGUUUAAGGAGAGAUUUAAGGCCAGCAACAGUACGAUCAGCUUCAAGAUCUCUGAAUCCAUACACAGUAUGUUUUGUUGUUGUCGCAGUGGUGGUGAUCCUGGCAGUGACCAUAGCUCUACUUGUCCACUUUUUAGCUUUUGAUCAAAAAGCUUACUUUUACCAUAGUAGAUUUCAAAUCCUAAAUGUUGAAUAUAGUGAUGAGCUAAAUUCACCAGCUACACAGAAAUAUAGGUCUUUGAGUGGAAGAAUUGAAUCUAUGAUUACUAGAACAUUUAAGGAGUCAAAUUUAAGAAAUCAGUUCGUCAGAGCUCAUGUUGUCAAACUGAGGCAAAGUGGUAGUGGUGUGAUAGCAGAUAUUGUCAUGAAAUUUAAAUUCACCAGAUAUAACAAUGGAGCAUCAAUGAAAAGCAGAAUUGAGUCUGUUUUACGCCAAAUGCUGAAUAACACUGGAAACUUGGUAAUGAACCCUUCAACUGAGUUAACACCAAUAACUGACCAGGAUACAGUUAAUAUUUUCACUCAAGGAUGUGGGGCCCGUCCAGACCUAAUAACAUUGUCUGAGGAGAGAAUCAUAGGCGGCACUAAGGCUAAGGAAGGAGACUGGCCCUGGCAAGUCAGUCUGCAGCGGAAUAAUCUUCAUCACUGUGGAGGCGUCUUGAUCAGUAACAGAUGGAUCCUGACUGCAGCUCACUGCUUCAGAAGCUACUCUGAUCCUCGCCAGUGGACUGUCACCUUUGGUAUUUCCACUAUAUUUCCUAAAGACAGAAUAGGAGUAAGGAAUAUUUUAAUCCAUAACAAUUAUAACCCUGAAACUCAUGAAAAUGAUAUUGCGCUUGUACAACUCAACAGAGAAGUCACCUUUACCAAAAAUAUCCAUUCAGUGUGUCUCCCAGAGGCCACCCAAACUAUUCCACCUGGUUCCACGGCUUAUGUAACAGGAUGGGGAUCACAAAGCUAUAGCGGCAACACAGUUCCAGAUCUAGAGCAAGCACGGGUCAAUAUAAUAAGUAACAAUGUAUGUAAUUCGCCAGCUGGUUACAAUGGGGAUGUCCUGCCUGGAAUGCUAUGUGCUGGGCUACCUGAAGGGGGAGCAGAUGCAUGCCAGGGUGACUCUGGUGGCCCACUACAGCAGGAGGACUCACGGCGGCUUUGGUUCCUUGUGGGGAUAGUAAGCUGGGGGUAUCAGUGUGGUCUGCCAGAUAAGCCAGGAGUGUACACUCGAGUGACAGCCUACCGGGACUGGAUAGCCCAACAAACUGGGAUCUAGCACAAUAAAUACACCUCUCUAGCAAGCCGGUGCACACACAUGCUCGUCUACAAUUCCAAACUUUUACUUUCCAGCCACAAAAGAAUACAUGUUUCACAAACACUAUUUAAUCUUUAUUACUAUGGAUUUUAUAUUCUCUCAAGAAGAUUUAGAUGAAUGUUGCAUGGUACUGUGGAUAUAUGCCAGGGGAAACAUUAGUUCCAGAGAUAACGAUAUGACUACAAGUGUUAUAAUUUAAGUGCUAGUAGUGAGAAAACCAGGUACCCUGAGAGUGGAAACUAGAGGAACGUGGAUAAGUCUGCAGGGUCAGAGGAAGUCUCAUUGAAGCUGAUAGGUGGGCAAAGCAUAGAAACUUGCAAAGGAAGAAGUUGUAGAUAACGUUCAAGACAGAAAAAUAUGAGUCAAGAAAAAUACCAUUUUUUGAAAUUUCUGGUUACUUAAUAUUUUAUAGGUGGUUUAGGUCCUAAAGAACACAUAUGACGCCCUUUGCAGUCCUACGGCCAUCUUAAAUAUCUUCUAAGAACAUGCCUCCACAGGAACUAACUGAUCAGUUUCAGGCAUUUAUCAUCAAAGCUAUUCACUCUUCACCAGAGACCAAAGAAUUAUAAUUUUCAUUAUGACUUUUAUUGAAAAUAUCCUUCAUCUAUGUGAAAUCUCUUCCUCCAUAGAGACACUGAGUAAAUACACCUACACGACCUUCUCAGGUAACUUAAAACCAUAAACAUACAGAGUGCUUUUUAACAACUAAGGGUAAAUUAAGAACAAUCACUAGUGGCAGUUAUUUUUGAGAGAUUAGAGAUCCUCAGUAGCUAAAUUCAAGUAAUGAAUUGAAAGUUAUGCUGGGAAAAAUUGGAAGAGUUGCUUUAAAAAUUAAAGGUUAAAUAGCUUAAUUUCAACAAAAUUAACCUAGUGAAGAAACUUCUCUCUCCCCCUUCCACCCCCCCUUCCCUUAUACACACACACACACACACACCCAAAGAACAUAAAUAAAAUUUAUUAACAUUUAAUGGCACGGCAAUUUAUAUAAUCCAAAUUAAAAAUGCUACUGAGUUUUUAUGGGAUUCUAGCAUAGCUACAGCUUGGUUAUGCUUGGUUAUGCACAAUCACCUAUGUGUCAGGGCUUCCUCUUUCUAAUAGCCAACUCAUGACACCUGGGUGUCAGAACAACCACAUGCACUGUGAUGAAAACAUCUUAUAUUUCUUCCUGUAAAACUGUCACUUCCUACAUUGAAAUCAUUUACUUUAAAGAAGUUGAAAAUUUAACUGACUUUCAGUGAAAUGUACAAACAAAUACUUGGUAUACCUUAUUUCAAAUAAACUCUUGUAAAAUCA